AACCAGAAACACAAUAAAUCUGAUUCUGGCAAUAGAGUGGCUUUAUUAAUAAUAAAUUUUAUUCAAAAACAGUAUCCACAGCGAAAAAAAAACAGCAGGCCAAUAAUUGAGUUUUUUUCUUCUCAAAGAGAAGGCAAGAUUAAGCAAAUGUCAGCCCAAGUUGCCACAAACGACCCAGAAAAACCUCAAAACAAUCGUGAAAAUGAAAACGGAAGAGGCAAUUCGGGCUUGAGCCGAUCUAAAACUAAGCCGAAAAUAGAGAAAAGUGGUCAGAGGGACAAAUCUGAGCAGAAAACAACUGAGGGGAAUAAAAGCAAGAAAACCAGCAGCGAUAACAAAGAUACAAAAGAGCAAAGUUCGCACAAGUUCAAGAAGGAAUUAAAAGAACAACAGAACUGUGCGGAGAGUAGCGUCACUAAACAGACUUGCGAAGCAUGCGAAGAAGAGCACGCAGAGCUGCAAUUCUGCAUACAUUGUGCAGGAUCGGUGUGCAAUAAAUGCAGGAGCAAACACGUAGAAGCACAAGUGCAAGACUUCGUCAAGAACCGAGAAGAAGCAACAGCCAAUCAGCGAUUAGUGAACAAACUCCUUCAAAAACUGACUAAUCAGAGUGAAGACUUGGAACGAAGCGAGAGCCGAACAAUUGAAGCGAUUGAAGCUGAGUUCAAACAAAUCGAAAAAGCUCUUCUUUUGCAGAAAAACAAGCUGAAAAGAGAAGUGAUCAGAAAGUUUAACUCACAAUCGAAGCCUUUGCAGCAACAGAAAAGAAUCUUGGAGAGAGAUUACGCAACAAUUCAGACCAAAUACAGUAAUAUAUUACGUAAUGUGGGCCUGCCUCCGUCGUCGGCGCCACUGAGCGCCUACGGGAAAAUAAAAAACAACGAGUUUGCUCAGAUCUGCGGCAACACUGUCAAAGUUGCCGAGUUAAGUUCGGCAUUUGACGAAUUGAAGGGCAAAGUUCACGAGACGACUGAUGAAAUUGCGUGCUUGGAAUACAGUUCUGAAGAAACUUUGAAUGACCUCUUGGAAAAGGUCAAAAUUCACGGAGAGGUCAAAUUUGAAGCAAAAGAAGAUGAUGAGAAUGACUGCCAAAAAUGUGAAGAAAGCGCUGAAAUAGAAAAGGAAGUCACAGAAAACAACUACAAGGACGACGAGGAUGAAAAUAAAGAAAGCAGCGCAUAUGAAGCUAGUUGAAUAUGUAAGUUCAACCAAACAAAAAUUACCCUAAUAAUGCUGCUACUUAUGCCAAAUAUAAUUGACGUUAUCUAUGACUUAAUCAAUAAAAGACUACCCAUAAAAAAAUUCUCGCUUAUGUGCUUCGACCACGGCCGGGAAAAAAUUUAUUGUAUUAUGACGUCAUUUUCUUCGAAAACAGUGUGACAGAAGACCGAGUGAUGUGUCCUAUUAUAACCAUCUCAGUCUUAAUUUGAUCCUAUCUUUAAAAUUGAAAAAAUAUAUAUAUCUGUGUCGAGAAAAAUUGA